GAAGAGCGCGUGCACGCUCGAUUCCUAUCAAAACAGGACUUUUUGGGCAGAAAGGUUAUAACCAAUACAACUGUAUGUAAAGCCAUGAUUAAACAGGCCUAUUACAACGUAAAGUUAAAUAAUGACGUAUUUGUACACAUAAAUAAUAUGUAUGUUUUGAUAUUAUUACGUGUGAGUUAUGCAGCAAGGGUGGUAAUAUGUAAACAGGUAAAUAGAAAUUCCGCACAGAAUUGUUUUACGUAUAUUUAGUUAGCCAGUAGUGUGUAUUCAUGUAAUACUUGUUAUGCAUCUGCGUGUAUUUAUGUAUGUAUGACAAGACAACAACCUUGAUCUUUUCUCAAAGUAGGUAAGUUAAUGAUGACGUUCAAUUUAGAAUUUUCAUGAGUUGAAGUAUAUAAAUCUUGCUACUAAUAAAUCGUAAGGAGCAUGGUCCAUGCUGCAUGGACCAUAAAAGAAAAGAGGUAUACCUAUGUAUGUACCUCUGUUUUGUAAUGGUGCUUUUUCAUCAUCCUAAUGACGUUAACAGGCCUAAUUAAGUUAAAUGAAUUACUUGAGAGAGUUGAUUCAAUUUGGUAGAGCUGGAUGAAAUCAAAAAAGUUAACAAGCUCCGUAAUUAUAUAUUUACGAAAGCAUAUUGAGGAUUGAAUACUUAUUGAAAACUGUUUGUCAUACAGGGGAAAAACAUACAAAAACAAAAACAAGAUUUGUUGAUAAACGCCCAUUUCUUGGAAAUUUCUUCAUCAUUAUUUAUUAUGCUUCCUAUAUUUGUACGUACGUACAUACCCUGACUUUUAAACAAUACACAUUUUAGCUUCGAGUUUAUGGCUCAUUUAUUCGGAAACUGGGCCAAUAGCUAAUAAGUAAGAAGAAAAAUUACAACAAUCUAUAUACCCACCCACUCUGAAGACCAGUGGCCGCGAGUGCCGUGGGGACAGUAACAUCGUAGGAUGGGGGAGGGAGGGGUUUAUAUAAGAUGGGGAGAUGAUGGAGACAUCAAAUAUCUGUGGGGACAUUGCCCCUCUGUCGCCACCCUUCCGCGGCCACUGCUGAAGAAUAUGUAAUACUACGUAGUUGAUUAUAAAAAUACGAGAAUGUAAUAGUCUGGAAAUAUUCGAAAAUAAAUUAAAAUUUUAUACAAAAAUAUGUACAAUACUUUAAAAAAACACAGGAUUGUGCUCUCCAAUCGUACAUAUCUAUGAACAUUCAUUUCUAAUUGCAUAACCUAAAAUCCAAUCCAGCAACACAUUUUCUAGUAGUGCCAAUUAACACGCAAUCUUGUUUUCACUGGAUUCGGUAUGCAUGAAAAAAAAUUGUAUAAUCGCUGGAAUAAGCCUCAAUAUUUCAAAUCCCAUUGAAACCCUUUCAGAAUUAAUUUGGCUUAAUUGAGGUGCAAAUUGUUUAUUCAUCCAUUGCUUAAUGCGCAUCGACAAGCAGAAAGCGGAUUUCGUGUGCAUAUGCAAAAGUGUGUUGCUGCCUAAGGUAUAUGUAGGCAAAUUUAAUUUGGCUGGUGAAAAUUCCACCGUGGAACAUUAUAAAAGCUGAUUUCGAUACGUUGCUACAAAAAUUUACCAGGGUUUCUUUGUGGUUUUAGCCAGUGACUGUCCUAAACAGCCGUCUAAAAUCGGUUUUCACCACGGAUUUUGGACGCCCAAAAGUGUCCAAAAUGUCCAAAAUUGUGAAAACGGGCCAAAAUGUUAUAAGUCUUCAUUAUUGACUUUUUCGAUAAUCCGUUGACGUAUAUUUAAUCUCCCCUUAAUUUUGGGCAUUUUGGUGUUUACUACGUCAUGAUUAAGAACAUUUCUUUAUUUCUCGUAAGCAAAAUUAUUAAAACAAUUUUUUUUCCAAAUUUCGUGGUAUUACAGACCAACCAAAAUGCCUGCCCAUAAUUAUUGGAAGAUUACAUAUCUCUGCAUAGAUUUGCAAGAAAAUUCGCUAAUAAACAGCGUAUAACAUAUUACCCCAUUUUCCAACGUUGAACGCUUUUGGACAGUUUGGAUGGACGUCCAAAAUUAUUUCAAACAGUUUUGGGCAGUCUCCAGUCCACAGUAGUUUUGAACGCCAUACAUUCACUGUAACUAUUAUGCGUUUUUUGGUCGCACUAAGGGAACGUCCAUAUAUUACGUCAUCAUUUUAGUGGUGGUUGACGCUAUUCUUCUCUCCUCUACAAUUUAACUUUUGGUGCUUUUAAAAAUGCUCCCCGUGGUAAAAAUCCUUGAAGAGCCGGCAGCAAAAGCUGUACGUUUUCUUCGUAACGGUGAAGGAGGUUCACUUCCGGGCGCUACAAGUACACAUGCUAAUAAAACAUUCCCUAAAAUUCAGGUUCUUCCAUCCCAAUUAACGAAAGGAGUCGUUGUCGUAUCAUGUAUAACAGUUGAACCCCCACAUCGUCCCCACCCGCACUAUCUCGUAGGAAAAGGUUGUGAAGCACAAAGAGGUGUUUGUGUAAUGGAAUUAUCCUCAGAAACGGAUGAAAUGACCGUGGAAUUUGCAAAUCUUGGGAUUCAACGUUGCGAAGAAGAUAUUGAAGAAAGUUUAAGGAUGAGAGAAGAAAUUCGAGUGGAUCCUUUUAGAACCGGUUUCUAUCAUAAAACUCGACCUGAUUCUAUUGAUUUGAAUGCUGUGAGACUUGGUUUUCAAGUGUUUUUGGAAGGACCAGAACCUGGACAGUUUAAAAUACCACUGAAACCAGUGGUUUCUGAAGUUAUCUAUGAUAAGAAUAUGUUAAUUAUACUAUUAUCGUUUAAUUUUACGGCACCUGACUAAUAACACUAAUGGAUUUUCGAACCCGAUUUUCUCAGAUUGGGUCAAUUGCAAUUUUUUCCUUGCUAAAAUGCAACAUGUAGCUACAUAAUUUAAUGAAUUAAAACACUAAACAAAAGAUUGCACUCGGUUUUCAAGGGAUGUCGUUUGAUAUAACUGCUUAUCAUUACACAAGCAUCGUCCCGGUCUUAAAAGGUAGCCUACAAAAUUGUGCAGGUGACGCGAUAAUGCUUUCUCCCUUUCCGGCCGGCUUUAUGCCUCUUGCCAGUUGUUCUAAAAACUUAUGAUGUAACACGUAAAUUAUAACGAAAAUUAUAAAACCUAGAUUAUUUAUGCUCAUUGAAUUUCAGAUUUUCCAGGAACGUGUCAAGAGGAUAUUUGAUAAACUAUGUGCUAAAAGUAUUAAUGAGGCGAAUUGUAAUUAAUAACUCAUUAAUUAUAAAUAAAUAUUUAGUAGUUAAUGAAGCGAA